AUGCCUUUCCCGCCCCUUUCUCCCGGCCCUUUGGAACGCCAGGGCAUCGACAGCAUUGCGUGGCCGCCCUCCCUGCAGAGGCUGACGUUUGGAUGGGAGUUCAACCAGCCACUAGACGGCGUGCAGCUACCCCCCUCCCUCAAGAAGAUCACGUUCGGACAGUCCUUCGACCAGCCGAUCGACCUGGUUUCUUGGCCGCUGGGGCUGGAAGACCUGACCUUUGGAGGCCGCUUCCACCAGCCCAUCCACCGCGUGUCGUUCCCCCCCGGGCUGCGGAGGCUCACCUUCGGGUGGCGCUUCAACCACCCAAUCGCCGACGUGCUGUGGCCUUCUUCUCUGCAGAGGCUCAUGUUCGGGAGCCUGUUCAACCAGCCCGUCGACGGCGUCGAGUGGCCCAGGGGGCUCGAGCAGCUCCUGUUCGGAAGGGUCUUCAACCAGCAGAUCCAGGGCGCCGUCUGGGCCUCCGGGCUGAGGCUCCUUGCUCUCGGCGACUUCUUCGAUCAGGCCCUGACAGGAGUGGCGUGGCCCCAAAAUCUUGAGUUCCUCUCCCUCGGAAACAAGUUCAACCAGGCCGUCGACGGAGUGGCCUUCCCCUCCCGGCUGGAGCAGCUCGCCUUCGGGUGGAGGUUCGACCACCCCAUCACCGCCGUCAUCUGGCCGACCAACCUCAAGCUCCUGAGCUUCGACGGCGGCUUCAACCAGGACCUGAGCAGGGUGGAGUGGCCGCGAGACCUGAAACAGCUGCAGCUGGGGCGCAGCUUCAACCAGCCCAUCUGCGAGGUAACCUUCCCGCGGGGGCUCCUCAGACUGGACCUGGGUGACAAUUUCAACCAGCCCGUGGAGGGGGUUCUCUGGCCGCCUUUUCUUGAGAGCCUUUCGUUCGGCCAGGCGUUCAACCACCGCAUCGACGCCGAGGGGGUCGAGUGGCCGCCCUCCCUGCAGAAGCUGACCUUCGGAGGAUCGUUUAACCAGCCCGUGGAAGGGGCCAACUUUCCGACUGCCCUAGAAGAAAUUACGUUUGGCAGAGAGUUCAACAAGCCGGUGUCCAAGGUCGCGUGGCCCUCGCUCUUGAAGAAGCUGGCGUUCGGCCACCGUUUCGACCCGUCGAGCCUGAACGGUCUCGUGUGGCCCGAGGGGCUCAAGGCGAUACAGCUCGGCCGGGUCUCGAGGGCCGUCAACGACGACAGGCGCAUCCACCCUUGGGGCGCUUGGGACGAGCCCGAAGGAUGAUGGGGUCGAUGCCGCUCUCGAGCUGCGGCAUACAAUGGCUGCGGGUGCUCUCUGCCCUGCCUCCGCUGCUCCUUAGGCUUGUAAAUUUUCUGUAGAUAUGUCUCCGAACGCGCCGGAAUCGGUGUGUGUGUUGUUGUUGUGGGUGUCUUGCCUUGCGAAGCGGGAGCAGGCAACACGGCGCGACGUGUGUAUGCAAGCGUAGUACGCCAGCCGCGUGUUUUGAUUGGCCGCUGACCGGUUGGUCGCUAAUAUGUAUAAACUUGCUCCUUGAGCAGCAGCAGACAGUGCGGAACGGAGUCUUCCUUGGAUUCUCUUUUGCGGUUUUAUUUGUCCGCGCGAACGGGCGGUCAGAGAUUCCGUUCUGCCGCGCCCAUCUUCGUCCCACCCUUACGCUCAGCGGUUGUUGGACCGCUUGCUGUGGGCGUUGAUUUUGAUUGGCUAUUGUAGUUGGUACCGCUUCUCCACGGAUUUUAUUGAGUGGCUACAGAGGUAGAAAUCAAACCAUUCAAGCUGACUUCUCUACUGGUUUGAUUUCAGCUUCUGUACACCUCUUCUGCACAGGUUUAAUUGGUCAGGACCAGCUUUAGUCGGCCGACCGAACGCAAUCGGAUCGCAGAAAAUCUUGCGUGACUCUCCGUACGCCGCAGCAUCGCUGAGUAUCUGCCAGGGUGUAUUUCCCUUUUGCCUCGCUUUGUCGCAACUUUCUUUUGAGUUUAGGAAUGCUUAUACUUGUACAGCAAUGAUAAUGUUUCUUGCCGGCUUUUGUUGCGAGAUGAUGGUAGAUAUGACGGUUCUUUUUUUUAUUUCAUUGUGCUCUCUCUGAGGGGUAGUUGCCGCCAAAACUCUCGUUCGUUGGAGAAUGCACGAUAAACGUCAUCGUACAUCCCCGUUGCGGGAAUGGAAUGAUUGGUAUACGGUAGGGUUCCUGCAGCGUUGAGCUAGCUCACUACGCGGUUUAGGGGUUGCGUCACGGGUUUCUUCCCUUACCACGCACCACGAACGGCUCAGCAACCUCCCGUCCCCCACACCGGGGGGCGCGUCGUUGGGUUCUCUUUUUCUUCGGGUGUUGCCCCCCUCCCCCCCCCCCCCCCCCCCGCCCUCCCCCGUUUAUUUCCGUAUCAUGAAUCGGAGUUUUUGCUGCAUGUGAGGGGCGCUCUUCGGGUUCAUACGGGGGGAAUGGGGUGGGUGAGGAGGGCGUUUUCUUGGCUGACGGUUUUUCCGAAGGCGAAUCGGGAGGUGUUUGUCGCGGGGUUAGGGUGUGCGCGGCGGGGCAUAAAUGCCGCCAAAGAACACGUGUGUGUGUGUGUAUGGGUCCGCUAGCUAGCAUGGCCUGACUUUUUUCUACUGUGUAUAUUUGAUCACUUUUGCUAUGCUCCGCGGGUCGGGGGUGUGUGUGUGCGCUUGUCGGGGGGUGCUUUCGGCAGGACGGGAUGGGAAUGGGCCUACAAUACUUGACGCACAGAAAGCGCCCGCGCUCAAGAACCUCGAGGCUGGGGUUCUUAGCUGGGAAGGUCAUGCUGCGAAUGGCCGCUACUAGGGGGGAGUUCUUUAACGAUCUUACGAACGGUGCUCAAGUUCUGAGAUGUUGAGCUUUUUUGGGCUCAGUUUCUUAAGAACUGCCAAGUCCGGUUCUGAUAUUAGUGCGGGCGCUUUGUGUAUUUUAGCGGUUGAUCUAAUUACGCCGAUGAUGCACUCGGCCAGCUGCGCGUUGAGUGUUCUCGCGAGUACUACUCCUGAAACCAUGCUGGAGGAGGCAUUCGAAGUUGGCUGUACUGCUUGAUACGGCUUGCGUUUGGUGUUCGGUCCGAGAGUGAAGGCACACCGGCCUGAGAUUGUUGUUGCUACAGGUGCCUCCCUUCGUCAAGGUGCAUUUAUUUCUUGGCCUGUCGUUGUUGCGGCUAUGGUCUAGGCGUAGUACCUGUCUAUGCAUGCGGAUGAGUAUCAUCUCGCUCCCGGAUACAAAACCCGCCGCGCACCGCUGCUGCUGCUGCUCUUGCUGGUGGUAGCUCACGGUGCUUGCGCUGCUGUGAUCGCAAAAGGGGGAGUGACUGGGACAUGCUGGUGGUGGUCUGAUUCGUUCAUUUUUUCGAUAGAGCUACGAUAACACCAGCGGUCACAAUGCC